UACCGAAGGAAAAUACCAUUCAGUACCUGUGUGAUAAGACCACUUGCCACAUCCCCACUCUCCGUUGUAAACAACGAAUGACCCGACGACAAAUUAUUGGAAAAUGUCCAGCGCAAAUCCCAAUCAACAUCUCCAGGAACACGACAAUCCCACUUUCGAUCUCAGCUGGGACUACGGAUAUGAUGGCGAAUUGCGCGUUGCGCCUCAAACCAGCGUGACCCCCGUGGUCCACUCAGGAGAAAACCGAAUCAUCACCACACAGCCACAGAAUUUCGAUAGUGGUCUGCAUUUAUCAGUACCAGAAACUCCCAUUCGCUCGGUAAACAGCCCAUUUCUGACGCCGUUCAAUCCACGGUCUGGACUUGAUUUUCUCUAUGGACUGGCUUCAAUCUUCAUCGAACAGACCUACGAGUUGAAUGAUUUCUUGACAGCGGUAUCCUCAGAAAACCGUUACACUGUCCGAGGACCGUCCAACGAAGCCCUGUACGGAGUUUCGGAAAGUUCUGACCCAGGUGAUCGCUUCUGGGGCUCCCUUCGGCCGUUUCAGCUGUCACUGGUCGACCGAAGCCAUCAGGAAGUUCUACUGCUGAAGAAAAACCUCGGUUGUGGAAUCUUUUGCUGUUUCUGCAAGAAUCAAUUCCUGGAGAUUUGGGCAACACCGGGAACUCUGAUCGGGUGUAUCCAGCAGGAUUACGGCCUAACUUCAAGGGAGAUCAUUCUCAUGAAUGGGGAUUUGAACACUAUGUUCAGGAUACCGAUUCCUCUGGUGGAUGCCAUCCGAAUGCCCAAAGAAACGCAUUUCCGUGUGAUGGAUCGCGAUCUGCGGACACAAAAGGGAACGAUUACCAGAGCAUGGAACGUGGCAAGUUCGUCGUACACGAAUAACAUCUACUUCAGCAAACCGGAGUUGGAUGUUCGACUGAAGGCGUUGUACAUCGGAGCUACGUUUAUGUUGGAAUAUCUAUACUUUCAAUCAAAGUGUUGCUGAAAUCUGCAGACAGAAGACUCAGUUUUAUUUACAAACUAUAUCAAUAUUCUUAGUACAAUUUCAUAUUAAAAUUUUGAACUGCAUGUUAUUAUUUUU